AUGGAAAGUCGGUCGCAGAUGACUAGUGUAAUAUUACGUGGUAAACGUAAAUCUGAUUGCUCCUAUUGUCACUCAUCUUCGACUAAAAGUUCUUAUGGAAUUGUAUCACCGAAUAUGCUUGUUGAUGAUUAUCAAUUGUUAAUGGAUCGAGGAUGGAGAAAAUGUGGCACAUAUUAUUACAAAGCACUUAUGAAUAAAACAUGUUGUCCACUUUAUACAAUUCGGUGUGAUGCCAAUUAUUUUCAAUCAACUCGUUCUCAACGACGUGUUGUGCAUGAUUUGAAUAAUUUCAUUAAUAAUAAUAUAAAACCAACGAAAAAUAUAUCGACAGCCAAUGAUGAAUCAGUGAGUGUAGCAUCAAAUUCGGUUGUCGAUAAUAAUAAAAACUUGAAAUCAAUACGUUCAAAACGUGUACGUAGUAAAACAGCUCCACAACAAAACAUUGAAACAAAUCGUAUUACAAACAAUAGUAAUAACAAUAACGCUCCCGACGAUUUAUUAAAACAUUUACGUGCAAGACAAAAACGUUGGUAUAGAAAAUUAGAAAAAUUAAAAGGACAAGGAAAAUUAAAUUCACAAACUGAUAUUCGAGGUUAUAUAAAGCGUUAUAAACGUAUGAAAUCAAAUCAGUUAACAUUAGAAGAGAUGUUACAAUUUGACCAGAAUCCAGUUAAUAAACUGGAGUUAAAAUUGGUUCGUUCCUAUCCACCUAGUGAUGAUUUUACUCGUACAUUUACUGAUUCACAUCGUGUCUAUAAAAAAUAUCAAAUGGCGAUUCAUGGUGAUUCUGAAUUUGAAUGUACAUCAUCACAAUUUAGACGUUUUUUAUGUGAAUCAUCGUUACAACCCGAAUGUGACCGUCUACCGAAAGAAUCAACACCAUCAACCGUGGGUUAUGGAUGUUAUCAUUUACAAUAUUAUUUGAAUAAUCAAUUGAUUGCAUGUGGUGUAAUCGAUAUUUUACCUAAUAGUAUAUCAUCUGUCUAUUUUUAUUAUGAUCCAGAUUAUUCAUUUCUUAAAUUAGGUGUUUAUUCAGCAUUAAGGUUGAAAUAUCAACAAAUAAAGGGUCAAUAUAAACCAUCUUAUUUGCUUUGUCCAGAAACUUAUACAUGGCAUCCUAUAGAAAAGUGUAUUCCAUUACUUAAUCAAAAUAAAUAUCAACGUUUUGAAAAUGAUUUAACAAAAGUUGAUGAGAAUGAGGAACGAAAUUUGGAAAACUUAAAGUUACGUUUUGAUAAUCAAUUAUUAACACUUCCUCAAUUACAAGCAUUAAAUGAAGAUUAUUUUUGUUAUUUGAUUGAUCGUCUACAAUUAUUUGCAAAAUAUGUGGGAAAAAUAUGUGCUGAACGAAUAUAUAUUGAUCUACGUUAA